GAAAACCGCAUUUCUGUUCGUCAUAGUUCGCGAUCACCCGGCGAUUUUCAUGCUCGUUCGAAAUCUCCGUGCAUCAACUGUCGACAUCGUGGUUCGUAAAUUUUUUUAUUUUUUUUUUUUAUCCCUUCGCACAUCUUCAACUUCCACGCGUUUCGUCAUCGCGAACGGGAUUAUAAGAUAAUUAUUAUAUUAUAUACAUACACACGCAUCGGUUGUACGACUCGUGUGCACGUAUAUAUUAUAGAUAUUAUCUUUCGAUAUAUAUUCGGUUCGCGUCGCAUCGCUAAGUUUUGUCGUCAUCAAUAUUAUUAUUGUCAUCAUUAUCAGGUACAGCGUCCGUCUUCCCCGACAAAACGCUCGGGCGCGGUACGUAACAAAAUACUACGUGGUUUUCCCCUAGAUACCGAAGUGAAACCAGCGCAUUAGCGCGCUGUAAUAUUAUUGCGUGUGUCGAGUCGAUAAACAUACGGUGUCACUUCGGAUCCGAUCAGAUCGUAACAAUAUCAUAGGUGCUCGAUGACUUCGACCAUGGGACGACAACACCCGAUCGCGGAGGAGACUGCCGACAACGGAAACGCACCCGUCGGAAAAAGUCGUUCGUCCGCGGUUGGCCACGAUCACCAGAUUUUGAGAAGAAAAAAGUUAAUCCUUACACCUGAACUACAAAAAUCACCGUUUGAUUCUAUGAAAACGGAAUGUACAUACAGUGAUACAAUAUUCAUAAGUUUAUAUGAUUUAGAAUAUUUAAAAAACAAUACAAUCACGUUAGAAGAAAACAUGGAACUUAUUAGUGAUAACAUAUUAGUAGAAAGAAAAUACUUUAAAGAUUUUAUAGAUAGUUUGAUUGAUCAAGUGGUACAGUUGGAAGAAAAUAUUUACUUAAAAUCAAUGAAGAUUGAAAACUUGCAACUGUACAACUCAGAAAAACUGAAAAUUAUAAACUCUCUUACUAUAUUGUUAAAUGAAGCCAAGUGGAAACAUGACAUGAUGCAAACAAUUUGCAAAGAACAUGCACCAAAAAAACUUUACAAAAGUAUAUUACUAGCCAGUUGCGUUUCAGAUAAAAUGUUCUUAUUAAAAUCUAAUCGAGAGAAAUUAUUAUCAUAUUUAAAUAAAUUAAAAGAAAAUGUUUCUCAAACAUUAAUUGAAGUAGUCUAUCAGUUAGUAUCAAGCCUCGAUGAAUGUAUCGGCGUUAUUGAGGAAGUUACUAGUAAAGAACUAUCAGACGUACUAUUAAAUGAAAAAGACUUAAGUAACACAAUGAAAAAUAUUAUUUAUGAAGUAAGUAAUUUCCAGUUUAGUGUUUCACAGCUUGAUUGCAAUUCUGUCGUUGAAAAAAUCGAUUUUUCAAAAAGUACUCAAACUGAUGAAAACAAUUUGGAAAAUUUGAUAGAAUUAUGGGAAUUAGUAAAAGAUUUGUUUCAAAGAAAUCAGUUUUUGGCUAAUAGAGUAACUUCAUUAAAUAUGCACAAAAUGGGUUUGCAAUUAGAACUUGCUGAUCUGGAAAACAGUACAAAAGAACUUAAGCUUAAAACUAUGACAGAGAUCAAAGAAGUUGAAAAGAAAGAAGAAGUAUUAAACCAAAACGAAUCGAUGAUUCAACAACAUUGGGAUGAAAUGGACACUAGUCAAGAAAUAGUAAUACAAACACAAAGAGCACAAGAAAUUGAUCAAGAAUUAGAAGAUCUUCAAAUGGAAUUUCACAAACACGACCAAGGUAACAGACGAUUGAAAACAGAGUUGUGUCAUCUUAAAAAUGAAUUGACUGAAUAUAAGAUCAAAUGUGAGCAAUUAGAAACAGAUAUCAAACUAAUCGAAAAUGAAAAAUAUUAUCUUUUAGAGGCAUAUGCCAAAUCUUGGGGACAUCACAAUGAGAAACAAAAGAUAAAAUAUACAGGGAAACUUAUCAAAGACAUAGACUCCAUUAAUCAGGAAAUCAAAUCGUUGGAACUAGAAAACGAAAAAGAAGAAUAUACUAUCAAUUCUAUUGUUAAGACUCCAGUUUUUAGUAAAACUCAACCUAAGGCCGAAAAAACACCAUCACGGACAUAUGGAGCAAUUGAUACAAUCAAACGACAAAACUUAGGCGUGUUUAGAGGAAGUGUGAUCUAUAAUUUACGAUACCAAUGAUUUGCAGUCAGUAUAUCUGAAUUAGAUAAUGCCUGUCAACAACGUUUUCUCUGUGAUAAAUCUGAUUUUAUUUUAUACAACCACCGAAUGUUAAUUAAUAUAAAUGUUUUUAAUAUGAAUG